CACCUGCUUGUGACUUUCGGUUUUCACUGUACACUCCUUCCCUUGACUCGUCACCAAACACUCCUUUUUAGCUCAUCGGUUUCUCUCGUCUCCGGCCUUACCUUCUAUAACUGAUAAACCUAUGACCCUCUCAAGUCAUCGGUCACCCUCGUUGGUUCCCCAGUCCUCGGUCUUUCUCCCAGUUUACAUUUUUUCUCAUGACUAUUUUACCCCCAGCCAUUAAACCCUUAUUUUAAAAAAAAAAAUUCAAAUAAAAAUUGCAAUCUCAAAAUAAUGUGGAACCUAAUGUUAAUUGAUCACCUUGAAGCUAAUUAUUGCGCGAAUUAACUAUAUAUAGAUAAAAAUAUAUAUUCUACGGCGCCUACGCGCUGCUUUAUCACGAGAGGGUAAUUUAGGCAAUUACUAUCACCGGAAACUGGCAGCAUCUGCCAAAGGCGAGUCCGUUAAUUCCCAUUAAACACCAUGGAGUUUUCCGUCAAUUUUAAUUCUCGGAUAAAGUUAACGCUCUUCAACUACCAAGCCGGCAGCUCUCUUCUCCUUAUCACGCCGGUGACGGAAAUCCCUACGCACUGCCAAUCAUAUUCCUCCACCUCAUCCCUUCCCCCACUUCUCUUUUCUACACGUGCCCCCCUCCUCUCUCCCUUCCAUACCCCACCUUCUCCUUCUCCGUCAAUCCCCGAUUUUGCCCGUCAACGUUUCUAAUAUACACACACAUACACGCACACUCCUCUCUUAAUUGCCUGUUUCUUUGUACAUUUUUUACUUGUUUUCGGUAACAUCAGAUCUAAGCCGUUGAUUUUUGUCGCUGCUUCACGAUGGAAGAUGAUGAGGAGAUCCAGUCACACGCGUCGGCGGCCACAGGGUCUCCGUCGCCGUCUCCACCAAAUGGAAGAAUUACAGUGACUGUCGCGGCUGCGCCUCCGUCUUCUCAUCAUCUGCAGCAGCAGAACGACAAUAGUUUAUCUCUAACUCUUCCGAUCCAGCAACCAAAGACCAACGGCGGCGGAAGGGAGGAUUGUUGGAGCGAGGGAGCGACGGCCGUGCUAAUAGACGCGUGGGGGGAGAGAUAUUUGGAGUUGAGCAGAGGGAACCUGAAGCAGAAGCAUUGGAAGGAAGUUGCUGAUAUUGUGAGCAGCAGGGAGGACUAUAUGAAGGCAGCGAAGACUGAUAUUCAGUGCAAGAACCGAAUCGAUACGGUGAAGAAGAAGUAUAAAUUGGAGAAAGCGAAGAUUGCUGCGGGUGGUGGACCGAGCAAGUGGCCUUUUUUCGAACGGUUGGACCAGUUAAUUGGUCCAGCCGCCAAGAUCCCUGUGACUGCUACUGCUGCUGCCGCUUCUUUGUCUAGCAAAGUCCCAGUAGGAAUCCCUGUUGGGAUUCGUAGUGGUGGAGCGAGUGGGUCGAACCAAUAUCAGUUUCCUCAAGGGAAGGCACAAAUGAAGAGCAAUCCAGUAACAAAGAAUCAGAAUGUGAAAGCACAGCUUCGAAAACGCGCUCAGGUGGAGACUGAGUCAUCUUCGGAGGAGGAGGAGAAUUUUCCAGACUCUGAUGAUAGUUUGCCACAGGAGAAGAAGCCAAGGGGGGUGCAGAGAGGAGUGAAUACAAAAGGAGUUAAGGAAAGGAAGGGGUGGGGGAAUUCUAUUAGAAUGUUGACACAAGCCAUACUCAAAUUUGGGGAAGCAUAUGAGCAGGCAGAGAGCGCCAAGUUGCAGCAGGUGGUAGAAAUGGAGAAAACGAGGAUGAAGUUUGCCAAAGAGCUGGAAUUGCAGAGAAUGCAAUUUUUCAUGAAGACCCAGAUGGAAAUCUCGCAAUUGAAGCGCGGUAGAAGGGCAGGCAAUGGUAGUAAUCAUCACAUCAGUGGUAACAGUAUUAUUCAUAAUAAUGACAAUAGUGAUAGUGAUAACUAAGAACUGAACUUAGAUUCUAUAUCAAUUUAGAAAUAGGUUUUAGGUUUCCCUGUAUUCCCAAUUGAUUGUGGAAAACUUGUACUGGGAAUAUUUCUAGUGUUGGGUGCAUCCUGCUUAGUGCUUAUGGAGCUUGAUUUAUGACAUCCUUGGGCUCUUCUUUAACUUGUGUCUAAUAUAGCACAUAGUGACUAGUAGAGUGCAUUCUUAAUGUAGCUUGUAUCUGCAAGAUAAUUCCUUCUUUUCCAAAAUGUUUGCUAGUGAUCAUUGGCAUUUCUGUUGUCUUUUUGUGGUUUAAUUUUUUUACAUUGAA